UCUUCGUGACGUUGGCGCGUCGUCGCCGAAGCCUGGUAGCAAAUGAGCGCAUUCGGCCGCGUUCCUCCGUCGUACCCUGGCAUACGCAUGCGCACUUGUUCCGGGCGCUCUGAAUACCUGGCGGAGCCUAGCGCGGUUGGAGACCUGAGGGCGGCGGGGGCGGAGCGCGUCGCAAACUGGGGGCAUGUCCGCAGCGGGCGCCGUCUAGAGGAAGGCCGAGCAGCCGCCACCACGCUUUCAGUAGCGGCGAAACGCAAGCGAGCCAGGCCUAGGGCCGCGGCAGCGAUGCAGCGACGGCGGCGCCCUCCGCCGCCCGCCUCUCAGCUGCCGGAAGGUUGCGGGGGAGGCGGCGGCGGCCGCGGUAGCGAGGAAGUGGAAGUGCAGUUCUCCGCUGGGCGUUUGGCCUCGGCGGCGGCGGCGGCCGCGCGCAGCACCGAAGAAGAGGAGGAGAGGCUCGAGCGCGAGCACUUCUGGAAGAUCAUUAAUGCCUUCCGCUACUACGGCACCAGUAUGCAUGAACGAGUGAACCGAACAGAAAGACAAUUUCGAUCGCUUCCAGCUAAUCAGCAGAAACUACUUCCUCAGUUUCUUCUUCAUUUGGACAAGAUCCGGAAAUGCAUUGACCAUAAUCAAGAAAUACUACUGAGCAUUGUGAAUGAUUGCAUACAUAUGUUUGAAAAUAAAGAAUAUGGAGAAGAUGGGAAUGGAAAGAUUAUGCCAGCAUCUACAUUUGAUAUGGAUAAAUUAAAAUCCACAUUGAAACAGUUUGUGAGGGACUGGAGUGAAACUGGGAAAGCAGAAAGGGAUGCCUGCUACCAGCCAAUCAUUAAAGAAAUUUUAAAAAAUUUUCCAAAGGAGAAAUGGGAUCCUUCUAAAGUAAAUAUUCUGGUACCUGGUGCUGGACUAGGAAGACUGGCCUGGGAAAUAGCUAUGCUAGGUUAUGCUUGUCAAGGAAAUGAAUGGAGUUUUUUUAUGCUCUUUUCUUCCAACUUUGUACUCAACAGAUGUUCUGAAAUUAAUAAAUAUAAGCUUUAUCCCUGGAUCCAUCAAUUUAGCAAUAACCGGAGGUCAGCUGAUCAGAUUCGACCCAUCUUUUUCCCUGAUGUUGACCCCCACAGUCUUCCUCCUCGUUCUAACUUUUCUAUGACAGCAGGAGAUUUUCAGGAGAUAUACUCAGAAUGCAAUACCUGGGACUGUAUUGCUACCUGUUUCUUCAUAGACACAGCUCACAAUGUAAUAGACUAUAUUGAUACAAUAUGGAAAAUACUCAAACCAGGUGGAAUAUGGAUAAAUCUAGGUCCUCUGCUGUACCACUUUGAAAAUUUGGCAAAUGAGCUUUCCAUAGAACUGAGCUAUGAAGAUAUAAAAAAUGUUGUUCUACAGUAUGGAUUCCAGGUAGAGGUGGAAAAAGAAUCUGUCUUGUCAACAUAUACUGUGAAUGAUCUCUCCAUGAUGAAAUACUACUAUGAAUGUGUCUUAUUUGUGGUCCGUAAACCACAAUAACAGUCUGAAGUGAUAUCACCAGGAAAAAAAGUUAAGUAAGAGCAAAUGCUGAAAUAAACAACUCAAAAUCAGCUUCACAAUGACAGGACACAACCUCAAAUCAGUGGUGCCUUCUUAUUCCUAACAAAAUUUAGAAAUAGUGUCUAUUUUCUUAAUAUGUCUAUUGCUUUUUCAGAAAUAUACUAUGCCAUACAUAUUUGUACUACCCAAGUAGAAAUGGAGAUGUUUUAAAGUGUACUUUUUCCUUGAGGCCCAGAAUUGUCUUUCAGUAGGAAAAAUGCUAUCUCCAGUGUCUUCAUGAAGCUGUCCAUUGCAAGUAUGCCAUAUUAAUGACUAAUAGUAUUGAUGUCCAUAAUAGUCUUUUUUGUUUCAUAUUAUGCAUUGUAUUUCAUGUUAUUUUUAGAAGAGUCUAAGGAUCUUCUCUCAUAUGCAACAUCUGGACUUGGGACUUCUGUUCCUAAGCAAUCUAUACAUAAAAUAUGUGUCUAUUCUUUUAUCAUUCAAAUUAUUUGAUCUUAUUUUUUCUAGCUCAGCUGAACUUAGAGAAGCAUAAACAUUUCAUUUUUAUGAAAUGCUAAAUUUAAUAGGCUCACAGAACAGAAAAAUGCAUUCAUUUGAGAAAUUAGUAAAUCUUUUGGCCACACUAAACUGAACACUUUGUGAAUGCACUCGUCAUGAAUCACUCAAAUGUAUGAGAUCUCAACAUUCUAAGUGAGACACAGAAGCCUUUAUUAAAGGUACUGCUAGUAAACUGGAGAAAUAAGAAUAGAAUCUGCCCAUUUUAAAUAUAAGAUUUCGAACUAUAAAUGAACAGAGUUUGUCAGAUGUUUACAAUAAUGUCUUUAGAUUAUCUGGAUGACAAAAGCAAGCACUUUCUUUUGUUAAAACAGUUCUAUACUAGUAAAAACUGUCAUGAUGGUAUUACUCUGGGGAAAUUUUGAGUAUGAAAUUCAGGGAUAAAUUACGGCCCGUGGUCUUAUGUCUUCAAUAUUGUAAGCAGCAGCUAUUGUUGUACUUUCAGAUAAUACUAAUAAUUUUCCCUGAUAGCUGGAGCUAAAACAGUACAUGCUGCUUUAAAUUUCUACCUCUAUCAGAUCUUUAUUGAGGGAGUUUUCCUUUGUAUUUUGGGUGUGUGUGUGUAUGUGUGAUUCUGUUUCUAGUGGUUUGGAAAGUAGAGAUGACUAAUGUUUUAACCUUUUCUUGGAGAAAAGGAAGUAUUCUUGUUGAGUAUUUUCACAGAUGAUUCUGAUGGCAUUAAAUGGCCUCUGUGGCAAUUUAGAUUAAGUAGACAAUCUCAAUAAUGUGCUGGUAGGAUAAUGUAAUUUAAUGGAAAAUUUGUACAUCUUUAGACCUUUAUUGUCAGUUAGAUUGGAGUCACUAUGUGAUUUGCAAUCUUACUAGUAGGACUUUUCUGCAUACAGUAAGGGAGUUUUGUGGCCUUUAUUCCCAUUCUGCAGUGAAGGAUUCUAUGAAGUUAAUUUGACUUUCUAAAUUAUGGAUGCCUGUAAACUGAAUUUUUUCUUAAAAAAUGACUUCUCUUUUUGUGUCCCUCAAUACUUGGCAGAUGUUCAUCAGUGGGAAUUACCAUUACCUACCACAUGAAUAAACUUGAAGUUAAUUGCAAGAGAAAAAAUCCCCAAAUUACUAUUUUUUAGAAAUAACAGAGACUUAAAAGGAGGCUAAGUAUUUUAGAAAAUCAAUUGAAAGGAAAGGUUUGCAUGUUAUGUUUGAGUAAUUUAGAAAGGCUUUUUAUUCACUGAGUAGUACUUUUCUACAGUGCAUAUCAAAACGUAUGAUCUUGUUUUUCUUAUAGAGGCAAAAAUUGGUUGAACCUGUUGGGUUGACUUUGUUACUUAAAAUUUUCCCUAUCAGGCUUUAUUCUUUAAUAAAUAUUAAAGAAUAAUAUUUUGUUACUUAUAUUUCUAAGUUAUAGCUUAUAUUUUAGUUAAUUCUGAAAUAAGUUAUUUCUUUUUAUUUCUCCCUCAUAUCAUAAAUAAUGUUUUCCAGAUGUUCCAACUUGCAUCACUUUUUCAUUUAUAACUUAGCAGUUAAUAUAUUCUGAACUUGAAAAUCGUGGUAUCAAUGAAAGUAUCACUGGAGGAUUUAAUUUUGUAUUCUCUUACGUGUAGUCCUAGCUACUAGUGUGUAAGCCUUUAUGUUUUUAAUUUUCUUAAAUUAGCUCUAUACACAGAUGUUCUCAUUCACUUUCAUAAAGCAGGAGGAUAGGUCAUUGUGCUUGCCUUUUUUUUCCCAGAAUCUGAAGAGGUGCAGGUUAGGGCAUGUUAAUCAAGUGAGCAAAAUGGGUGGGAUAUGUAACGUAUAAAGAAAAUUAUGAAGUUUGGGAACUAUAAAAUGUAUUUAUAUGUAAUUCUCAUUAUAAAAGUUACCACAAAGACUAUUGGAAGCUUCAUGUCUGCAUGAAAUUUCCUAUAUUUUUAAUGUGUAUGAUGGACUUAAUUUUUCUUGAAUAUUAAAUCUUCCAAUUGCUUUGAAA